CAACCAGUCCCUGACCUUAACUACCGCUUCGUUGCCAGCUGUUCAUGGGUUCUCUUUGACGCUGCUCCACUGUCACCCGCUUUGAUCUCGCCCACAGUCAUGUCAAUUCGCUUGACAGCCACAUCUUCUGAGCUUCACUUUCCCUUACUUUAGCACACAGAGCGCAUUCAAUUCCUCCUUAUGACUGAGCCCAUUAAUUCGCCAUCUCAUUCCUACAUGUCGCCAGAAUCCCGCAAGCUUGAUUGGGGCCUUACUCAGGUCUCCGACCUCAUCAACACCCUGUCGCUCAAGCCCUCAGCCACCGGCGCCAGCACCACACCUCCCGACACAUUGCCUUCCAGCAAAACCAAGAAGGCCCAGAGCGAUGACUCCGCGUCUGGUUUAGGCAAUUUCAGCAAGCUAUGGGAGUUCCUUGGUGCCCCGGUUGACGCACCGCCCCCCGCUUUGCCACCGCCCACCCCACCAGCCUCGGAACCAGAACAGAGCUCUGACAAGGAAGCUUACACGUCCGAUGGCGCGAUAUACCGUCCGUCGGGCAACAAGGGUGUCAAAUGGCGGGACGGGGCGGGCGGGCUAGAUGUCAUUGGGAAUGUCGUCGGUGGCUUCUCUCAGCUGGCAGAGGUUCCUGAGCCUAGCAAUGAGACGGAACCAGCUGCUCCUAAAGAUCCAGCUGCUAUGACAAAGACACAACGAAAGAAGGCGAAUCGCAAAGCUCGAAAGCUAGCUGAGUCUUCAGAGGAAGCAGUCAAAGCCAAAGCCGCCAGCGAUUACGAGACCGACAACCCAGAGCACCAAGCACCAGCUCGUAAGGCUAGCGCGCAUGGCUUGGCCUCGACAGAGCAACUAUCGGCAAAGCCUACUCACGGUUACAAUUUCAGACCGCGGAUGCCCCAACCAACGCCAUCCACCCCCCAAGUUACAAAGGCUACCAAGACGCCAAGAGACUGGCAGCACCAACCGGUGCCGGCAACGGAGCCCAAGAAAUUUCCUAAUUCGAAAUCCACUGGAAACGUCCCAACUCUCUCGAAACCCAUUCCCAUACCGGGACGAUCGGGUCACCUCGAUUCUUCGCCUAUUCCCUUCAAUCUUCACAAGUCUGGUCAGGAGAGAUCCCAGGCCGGGAACUCGCUUUCCCCCAAGAAGAACAAUUAUCUUUCUCGUACACCUCCACAGCAAACCGGGCUGCAGGCAGCCACUUCUCCAGCUCCUGCGGGUUAUGAAUCUCCUUACAUCGAUGCUAUUUUGAACCAAGCACCGCUGUCGCUUUAUUUCCAGAGCACGGGUUCGCCGAAUUCUCAGUCAGAGCCUAAGCAGCUCAAGAUUCGCGAUAAGGAUGACCGAAAUGUCCAUUUCCUUCUUACUCUAAUUCGCAACUUUGGCGAAGAUAAGCACUGGCUGGCCAAGCCAGUGCAGCACGUCAACCAUACGUCGGCACCUGAUGGUAUUCACGUUUUUAUUGACUUUUCCAACAUUCAUAUCGGAUUUCAAAACCGCAUCAAGACGAUUCGUGGACUGAACAAGCAUGUUCGCAUCCGCCGCGAAAACAUUGAUUUCGACGCCUUUGUGCUCCUUAUGGAGCGCCGGCGCCCCGUCGCCAAGCGUGUGUUGGUGGGCUCGCUGCCGGCGAUCCCGGCCUUUGAGAAAGCGAAAGACAUCGGCUACGAGACGAACAUCCUGGACAAGGUGUUCAAGGCUCGGGAGCUGACGGAACGGCAGAAGUUCUUCAAGGCGCGUGAGGAUGCGCAGCGCAAGGGCUACCAUUACAGCACGUCGGGCGACGCGAGCAGCGGCUCUGAAACGACCGCUGCGGUCGCGGCGCAGUAUGCCAAGGAGGCGUGGGUCGAGCAGGGCGUGGACGAGAUUCUGCACCUGAAGAUCCUGGAGUCGGUGGUGGAUGCAGAGGAGCCGUCGACGAUAGUGCUGGCGACUGGCGACGCGGCGCAGGCCGAGUACAGCCAGGGCUUCAUGCGCAUGGUCGAGCGCGCACUCAAGAAGGGGUGGAAGGUCGAGCUGGUCAGCUGGAAGGACGGCAUCUCGAGCCAGUACCAGAAGCGCGAGUUCCGCCAGAAGUGGGGGGACCGUUUCCGCAUCAUCCAGCUGGAUGACUAUGUCGAGGAUUUGCUGGACACUUGAAAUAGUGUGCUAGUGCAUCUGCCUCGCGUUUCCCUUUUACGGUAGCAUUGAGAGGGGUGUUUUUUUUUUUUUUUUUUUUUUUUUUUUUUUUUUUUUUUUUU